AUGGUUAAAGCAGUCGCAGUUUUAAGAGGAGAUUCAAAAGUUACUGGAGUAGUCAAUUUCGAGCAAGCCUCGGAAUCAGACCCUACUACAAUCACUUACAAGAUUUCAGGUAAUGAUGCAAAUGCCAAGAGAGGGUUCCACAUUCAUACCUUUGGUGACAACACCAAUGGAUGUACCUCAGCUGGUCCACACUUCAAUCCUUUCUCUAAGGAGCAUGGUGCCCCAGAAGAUGACAACAGACAUGUUGGUGAUUUAGGUAACGUUUCUACAGACGGCAGUGGUAUUGCUAGUGGAACUAUCAAAGAUAGCGUGGUCAAGUUACUUGGUGCUAACUCUAUUUUGGGUAGAACCGUUGUUGUUCACUCUGGUACUGAUGAUUUGGGUAAAGGUGGUAACGCUGAAUCCAAGAAAACAGGUAAUGCAGGUACCAGACCAGCUUGUGGUGUUAUUGGUAUUUCCGAGUAA